UCAAAAUUCUAUUGCUUAUAUUUUGCUCAAUUUUUUGAUAUAAAGUAAAACAAUAAAUUAAAUCAAAACAAAUCGUUUUUAUUUUAUUUAAAAUUCCAUUACUAAAACGCAAAUGCAGACAAUAAAAUGAAAAUUCUAUGUGAAACUCAAGUAUUCAAUCGUCAGACAAAUUUCAAUAAAACCAAAGCAGCUAAAGCAACCAUAGCAAUAGGAUUCCAUCCCACCAAAAAGGAAAAAACUCUAGAAAUAAUACAUUUUACUCCACAAAAUAAGAACGGAGUUCGCUAUAAAGUAAGCGAUAAUAUUGAGAAUAUGUUCACAAAGUUCAUAAACGAUGGCAAGGCCACAAUAUCAUUUAAAACCCCACCCGAGAAUCUCAUGAUCAAAUGUGACCCAAUCCAACUAAAGUCAUUUUUGCAGACCUUGAAAUUAGGACUGCAGGGGAAAUCAUCUGUGAAUUUGAAAAGCAAUAUAGCAGCUGCCACUGCAAUUCCUGUGAAAUCGCAGCCUCUGAUGAAGAUGGUAGUAACUAAGAGGGCAGAAUAUCCUUUGAAAGGAUUUCCCAGAUCUCUCAAAACACUCACAGUGAAUGGAAUAGGCCUGCACAAAGUUACAUUCGAGAUUUGUGGACUCACCAAUCUGACAGUUCUUAAACUAAAUGAUAACAGUAUUAAAACCAUUCCCAAGGAGUUCGGAAGACUACGACUAGUAGAACUCGAUCUGUCGAAUAAUGCUCUCGGUGAUGAUACAAAUUUUUGCUGGUUAAUGGGCUCUGAUUUGAAACGCACGCUUUACGAACUUGAUCUAAGCAACAACAAGCUACAGUAUUUCCCAAUUGAACUCAUAAAAUUGGAGAACCUUGUCACACUGAAACUCAACAAUAAUUCAAUCAAAAAAAUUCCCUUCGGCAUAAGGGGCAUGAAAAAUCUUCGCUAUCUGCAUUUGUCCACCAAUAAACUGGAAUCGUUGCCUUCCUCAAUUGACGAAGUGAGACUGGAAUUAUUAGAUGUCUGGGAAAAUAACUUCCAACCCAUAUGUGAAAAGACUGUCGAAGGCCGUCUAGCCACCACAAACAACCCACAACCUUUGUGGCUAAGUGCAGCUCAUGUUGUUUCUAACUCCCGGUUCCCGUUCAGCCCGAGAACUCUUCCAUCGAUUUUAGUCGAUCUAAUCUCACAAAGUCCUAAAUGUUUUUGUGGAAAAUUGUGCUAUGGUGAGCCGGUAUGGGAGCGCGCUAUCGAAGCAACUCUGGAUAACAUCAAGCAAUUGGUGUUCAGUCGUGAUCGUCUGAUUUAUGCAGACAUUGUUGUUUGUAGCGCUCUAUGUGCUUCGAAGAAAGCGAUUUUUUAGGUUUUAAGAAAGUUACACAUUUUUUUAGUUUAUUUAAAUUAUUUAAGCUGUUAGAUUUCAUAUCAAAAAUUAUUGUGAAAUAAAUAUAAAAUUAGGAUUUGUUAUAAAAUGAAAAAGUUGUGUUAUUU